GUGGUCUUGACGUCAUCAUUUCGCGUCAAGGUUUUCUGUUAUCAUCCUGCUGGACUUCUCGAAUAUUUGUUAGGAUAAAACAAAUGCCAACAGGGCCUGCAGUGGUGAAUGAGGUCUAGAGUUAAUAGAGCAGCUCUCCAUUUGGAGCCAAGAUGGGCCAGCAGCUUUCUGGCCAAGCAGUGACCCGAUUACCUGAGAAACUGAUCAAACAUGUGGGGCUGGUGCGGGACAGUGGAUAUCUCACCUAUGAUGAGUUCUUGGGUCGUGUGGCCGAGCUCAAUGAUGUAACUGCAAAACUCGCCUCUGGUCAAAAAAAACAUCUAUUGUUUGAAGUGCAGCCUGGAUCUGAUUCCAGUGCUUUGUGGAAAGUAGCAGUUAGAAUAGUGUGCACCAAGAUUAAUAAGGAGGAUGGAAUGGUAGAGGCGUCUCGUAUUAUGAACUUGUACCAGUUUAUUCAGCUCUACAAAGACAUCACCAGUCAAGCAGCUGAAGUAUUUAGUUCAAAUGUGGCGGCAGAGGGAUCAUCUGAAGACACCUGCCAGGCCAGCAUGUGGAUGGGCAGGGUAAAACAGUUGACUGAUGAGGAAGAAUGCUGUAUCUGCAUGGAUGGGAAAGCAGAUCUUAUUCUUCCCUGUGCGCACAGCUUCUGUCAGAAGUGUAUUGACAAGUGGAGCGGCCAGAGCCGAAACUGCCCCGUCUGCCGGAUUCAGGUGACUGCCGCUAAUGAAUCCUGGGUCAUGUCGGAUGCUCCCACAGAGGAAGAUGUAGCCGGGUACAUUCUCAAUCUUGCGGACGAAGCCGGUCACCCACACAGACCUUAAAAAUCUAACACUGUGCCACUCUCAUGCUCACCAUCUCCCCAUAAAAGACCACCUAUAUAUAGUUUUCAUAGGGUGACUGUGGGUAUUUGUAUUGUCACUCACUGGAGGCAAUAACAGCUGAUCAUUUGAAUUUUAAACACACUUUUAGGUUUAACACAUGUCAUAAUAGAUCCAUAGACUGUAAACAUUCAGUAUGUAGGACGACAACAUCUGCUGUAGCACAUCAUUGCCUCGUUAUACUUGCUGUUUUAUCUGGUUUGUGAAGUAAUUGCACUUAAUUGCGUUUGUUCUGUAAAGGCCUUGUAAUACCUAACAAAAAGCAUCACAGUGUCAGCACGUGCAACAGUUAAGUAGUAUUGAUGCUGUACUUUAAUAACGCUGACUUUACAGUCGAUGUGCGUUUAUAAUCUAAGCUUAAAUGGAUUUACUGUAGUGAUUUAUUUUGACAUCAAUGCGUAAGUUGGACUAACCUUUUAAAAGGGAUAGUACAUCUUUUUUUAAUUUGCUCGCCAUUUAAUUGGUCCAAACUGGUUUCUUUAUGCUGUUGAACACAAGAAGAUAUUUUGAAGAAUGUUUGAAACCAGUAACCAUUGAUUUUGAUGGUGUAUUUAUUUUGCUAAAGAUUACAAUGGCUACCACACUUUAAAAAAUAUCCAUACAUUUUCCGAAUUUUGUGAUUCAUUUUUUUUAUUUUUUUGCCAGUUUUUUUAUGCUUUUGAAUUGCAUUAUGGGACAUUGGUCUUUCCUGCAACUAUUUUUAACCUUGAAGUGACGUUUAUUAACAUGUUUAAUAGUUUAAAGUGAUAUAUUGUCUGGGUUGGUGUUGUAUAUUUUGGUAUAAAUAAUGUGUAACAAGCUGCCAGUACAUUUUCUGUAAUUUUGAAGACUUAUUUCUGUACACUAUAUCAUAUUCAUUAUAUUAUUCCAAAAUAAAAGUCACUUUGUUUAACUGUAUAGUUCAAUUUUCAACAUUAAAAGUUGACAGAGCAGAGAUUAAAGUCUCACAAUGCAAUUCACAACCAUAAAUAAACAGAAAACACUUGUGAAUCACAAAAUAUGGAAACGUUUAAUAAACAAAUAUUAUAUUUACUGUCCACUUUCCAAGGUUAUUUAAAUAUAAUUAUAUUUAAAAUAAUAAUUUGUGUUGACAAGAAACAUUAAACUUCUUAAGGUUUGGAACUAUUGGAGCCAGGGCUGAGUAAAUAGAAUUUUUUAGGUGAACUGUCCCUUCAAUAAUAGGGCAUGGCGAAUAUUAUGAAAUAUAAUUGCAACUAAUCCGCAUUUGCUCGUUUUAUUUUUUACAGCUUAAUGAGGUGCAAAUGAAAUCGUUAUUUUUUUUCGGGCAUCUCUGACACUUUCAGUGGAGGUUAGUUACCUUUUAGCUUUUUUCCAGUGUGAAAUCCUCUACUGUUCAUUUCAUCCUGCACUAUUUUUUGUGAUGAGAGAGUGACUGUGAAUUUUGUUGGUUUUGGAAAUUCACUUGUAUUAUAAAAGAUAUAUAUCGACAGAUCUUUAUAAAAAAAUCAAAUUUUUUGUGGCAAUAUAUAAAGAGUUAACCCAGUUUAUCAACAUCUGCUAAUCUAGUUUUAAACAUUUAGUAUCUGGAAUAUUUACACAUAUUUAUAGAUAUUGGACUGAAUGUCAAUAGUUUUAUCCAAAUGAAAAUGACACUUGUUGCUGCUUUCUUUCUCUUGGUGUUAUUUUGAUGGAGAAUUAUUUUAAUUCUUGACAGAAUUGGGAUGUUAGGUGUUCUCGGGUUUCCUCCUCCUGUGUAUGUCUUCAAUAAUAAAAUAAAUCAAGUA